UAAUCGUAUAAUUCAUAUAAAUGCUAUCGUUAUCUAGAACUAGAUAACGAUAUCGCUUUUUUCUUCAAUUACUUCACAAACAUACCAACUCUCGAAGUUCUCAUAUAAUUCUGGACAUUGGUGGAGUUAUAAAGUAUAAGUAUAAUAAUGGAUGGAAUUAUACCACAAACUGAACUGACUUGUCAAAAACUAUGGGGAGGUCGAUUUACUGAAGAUAUUGAUUCGGAUUUUCAUAAUUUUAAUAUGUCAAUUGAUAUCGAUAAGCGAUUGUAUGCCGAGGAUAUACAGGGAAGCAUAGCUUAUGCACAUGCUCUUUACAAAGUAAAACUUAUCUCAUAUGAAGAGAUGCAAGCUAUAAAUACAGCUUUGAAACAAGUGCAAAAUGAAUGGGAAAAUAACAAAUUUGUCAUAAAUCAUGAAGAUGAGGAUAUACAUAGUGCCAAUGAACGAAGACUUUCGGAAUUAAUUGGUGAUAUAGCAAAGAAAUUACAUACGGGGAGGAGUCGCAAUGAUCAAACUGUGACCGAUACCAAAUUAUGGCUUCGAAAAUCGAUUGAUAAACUUCUGAUAAGGCUAAAGAAAUUCAUCGAGAUUCUUAUAACUCGAGCGGAAGAAGAUAUAGACAUACUUAUGCCUGGAUAUACACAUAUGCAACGGGCACAACCUAUUAGAUGGAGUCAGUGGUUACUUAGUUAUGCUUGGUACGCGAAGCAAGAUUUGGAGAGACUACUAGAAGUACGUAAACAUGUAAACAUCUUACCGCUUGGUAGUGGUGCGAUAGCAGGAAAUCCUUUUGCUAUUGAUCGUCAAUUCUUAGCUAUGGAACUUGGUUUCGAUGAAAUUACCGAUAAUAGUAUGCAUACUGUUGGAGAUCGAGAUUUUGUCGCUGAAUUUCUAUUUUGGUCAUCAUUAUCAUCGAUGCAUUUGAGUCGCUUCUGCGAAGAUUUGAUCAUCUAUAGCACUCAGGAAUUUAAUUUUAUUCAACUUGCUGAUAAAUAUUCCACUGGUAGCAGUCUAAUGCCCCAAAAACGUAAUCCGGAUUGCAUAGAAUUAAUACGUGGAAAAACUGGCACUAUAUUUGGAAAGUGUAUUGGCUUUAUGGUGACAUUGAAAGGAAUUCCAUCGACAUACAAUAAAGAUCUUCAGGAAGACAAAGAAUCGAUAUUUUACACAUAUGAUACGUUAUAUCAGAUGUUCCAUAUCGCUGAAAAAGCAUUAGCCACAUUAAAAGUAAACAGGGAAAGUUGUAAGAAAGCUUUAACAUCCGACAUGCUCGCAACCGAUAUGGCAUAUUAUCUUGUUAGAAAAGGCAUAUCGUUUAGAGAAAGUCAUCAUCUGGCUGGGAAAGCUGUCGCUUUGGCUGAAUCAAAAGGAAUACCAUUAUCAGAGUUAUCUGUGCAACAAUUAAAAACGAUAAGCGAGCCGUUUGAAGAAAAUGUAUCGUGCAUUUGGAACUUUAAUUCCAGCGUAGAUCAAUACAAGGUUGCCGGUGGAACUAGUUUUGAAGCAGUACAACAACAGAUUAAUAAUUUGCGAUGUUGGCUGCAAAAGUAUUCAUUUAAAGAAUAAUUAU